AUGAUCACCUCAAAAUUUUUAAGUUUAAUAAAAAGCUUACUAUCAUCAUUACCAUCGUAUGUACUCGGUUGUCUUCCAACUAUCGCAACAAUUGGUGCUUCCCCAAUGCGGGGUUUUUUGGAGAAGCUCAUGUGGGUAUACCGAUGCCUUGGUUGUCCAUUUACUGGGUUAUAUUAUACAUGCAACAUCAAUAAUGACGAGACGUCAUUAUGUUGCUACUGGCUUGAAGCAAAAUACUUUAUAUCAAUAGGCAACCAUGACGAAGAAACCUUCAAAAUUGAAGGUCUACCCUAUAGACCUAUCGGAAUUCAUUAUAAAAGUCUAAUUCGUGGACAAUUUACGAAAGAAAUGAAAAAUAUAAUAGAAGAAUGCACAGCGCAAGCAUCUGUUCUAGAAAGGCUGUCAUCAUUGCCCCCAGCAUAUUAUAUGGGGCUCGGUAUAUUUGCCGGAAUAUCACGAUUGGUAGUACCUCGCGAUUGUGAAUACUUGCCACAUAUAACAUUGGCUUUAUCAUGGACAUUUCCUGCAAUUUUCAGGAGAAUAUUUGGAGGGAUCCUUGUUGUAAAGGAUCCUAACGAAAAAUUUAAAUUGCUUGAAGAACAAAGCGAAAAAAAAAUUAGUAAGAAGAACAGAAAGAAUAAACAGAAUAAAAAGUUAACGAAAAGAACACCUAAAAUACCUAAAAUACCCGUGAAAUACUGUGAUGAUCCUGAGUAUUUCUACGUAAUUUUGACUGGUUUAAUAUCGAUAAUUAUCCCUUGGACUGUUGUAAUCCUGGCCAAAUACACGCCUCCAGUUGGCUGUAAAUGUAUAUGCAAAUAUUUAAGUACUCCGGCUUCCAUAUGGUCAUUUAAUAGUUUCUUGGCAUUAAUACAACACUUGAUGGGAGAGCAAAGUGUGAAAGGUAAUAAGUAUCUACAUAUAUGGUUUAGCAUUAGCGGUAUAAUAGUAUUUCUCCUAUUGAUCGCUUUUGUCGUGGUAACCAGCAUUUCAUUGUGGGUAGAUCUUUUUGGAGUUUCUUGUUCAUGUACAAUCGUACAUGAAAUGAAUGAGUAA